CUGCGAUUACUUUGCAGUGUAUUCGCAAAACAUUCGUGUCGUACCUUUGUAGAUGAAAAAUGUUUUUUGAGUGCUAAAUCUGCAAUAAACAAACGUGCAAACAAUAGCAAAGGGCUCAAAGAGAGCAAAGCUUAAGUAGCAUUCAAACAUAUUGUAGAGGCAAAAGGCGUUCGCCGACUCAAACACACAUAUUAAUCGUUUGUUUCAAACGACAAAAAGAUGGACCGCAAGGCUGAAUUGGAACGCAAAAAGGCCAAAUUGGCUGCAUUGCGUGAGGAGAAAGAUCGACGUCGACGAGAAAAGGAGAUCAAGGAUAUGGAAGAGGCAGCUGGACGCAUUGGAGGCGGCGCUGGCAUAGACAAAGAUCAACGCAAGGACUUGGAUGAAAUGCUGUCUUCGUUGGGUGUUGCGCCUGUCUCGGAAGUGCUGUCCUCGCUAUCUUCGGUGAACUCGUUGACAUCAGAUAAUUCCAAUACACAAACGCCCGAUGCCAGUCUGCAGGCCAAUGUUAAUGGUCAAAGUGGCGGCAAGAAACAGCCGCUUAAUUUGAGCGUCUACAAUGUGCAAGCUACAAACAUUCCACCAAAGGAAACACUCGUCUACUCAAAGCAAACACAAACCACCAGCACUGGUGGCCACGAACGUGAUGUUCUUUCUUGCCACUCCUCGCCUCUGUCAGGAUAUAUGGAGGAUUGGUGGCGUCCACGUAAAGCUCAUGCUACGGAUUAUUAUGAUGAAUACAAUCUUAAUCCGGGUUUAGAGUGGGAGGAUGAAUUCACAGGAGACGACGAAGAGAGCUCGCUGCCCCAUCUGGACCAUGGCUUUAGCUCAAAGCUGCCGCCAGGAUAUCUGACGCAUGGUCUGCCCACGGUUAAAGAUGUCGCACCAGCCAUCACGCCACUGGAGCAAAAGAAGGAGCAGGAAGAGAAGAAGGAAGUAAAGGAGCUUUCCGAGGAGCAAAAACAAAUGAUUAUCUUGUCGGAGGACUUCCAAAGGUUUGUAUUGCGCGCCGGUCGCGUUAUCGAGCGCGCCCUCUCCGAGAAUGUGGACAUCUAUACCGACUAUAUUGGCUGCGGCGACAACGAGGAGGCCAACGACGAACGUUCCCAUGCACGGCUUUCCCUAAAUCGCGUUUUCUACGACGAGCGAUGGUCGAAGAACCGUUGCAUCACCAGCAUGGAUUGGUCGACACACUUCCCGGAACUGGUGUUGGCAUCGUAUCACAAUAACGACGAGUCUCCCAACGAGCCGGACGGCGUUGUUAUGGUUUGGAAUACCAAAUUUAAAAAACAAACGCCCGAGGAUGUCUUCCACUGCCAGAGUGCGGUGAUGUCCACCUGUUUCGCCAAAUUUAAUCCCAAUCUGAUACUCGGCGGCACCUAUUCGGGCCAAAUAGUUUUGUGGGACAAUCGUGUCCAGAAACGUACACCCAUGCAGCGCACACCCCUCAGCGCAGCGGCACACACACACCCAGUAUACAGUCUCCAAAUGGUGGGUACCCAGAACGCGCACAAUGUCAUCUCAAUAUCGUCGGAUGGCAAAUUGUGCUCCUGGUCCCUGGACAUGCUGUCCCAGCCGCAGGACACCCUCGAGCUCCAGCAGCGUCAGUCAAAGGCUAUUGCCAUCACAUGCAUGGCAUUCCCAGCAAAUGAGAUUAACAGCCUUGUUAUGGGCAGUGAGGAUGGCUACGUUUAUUCGGCCUCACGUCACGGUCUGCGCUCAGGCGUCAACGAAGUAUUCGAACGCCACUUGGGUCCCAUUACGGGCAUAUCGACGCACUAUAACCAGUCAUCUCCUGACUUUGGUCACUUGUUCCUUACCUCGUCCAUUGAUUGGACUAUUAAGCUGUGGUCUCUUAAGGACACGAAACCAUUGUACUCGUUCGAGGAUAACUCUGACUAUGUUAUGGACGUCGCUUGGUCGCCCAUUCAUCCCGCACUUUUCGCCGCUGUCGAUGGUAGCGGUCGCCUUGAUUUAUGGAACCUUAAUCAGGAUACUGAAGUACCAACGGCAUCGAUUGUAGUCGACGGUGCGCCGGCGCUCAACCGCGUUUCCUGGACACCAUCCGGGCUGCAUGUCACCAUCGGCGAUGAGGCCGGCAAGCUAUAUGUUUACGAUGUGGCUGAGCAUCUGGCGCAACCGUCUCGCGAUGAAUGGUCGCGAUUCAAUACGACGCUAAACGAACUCAAGAUGAAUCAGAGCGAUGAGAUCUAAGCUAACAAAACAAUUUCAAGGGCUCCUGCUGCCAACUUGGUUUAAACUUAUAUCAUCGGCCAGAGGGAAUAAUCGAAACUGCUUUGAAACAGAUUUAAAGACUUUCUCUGAACUAAGUUUAUUAUGAUUCAUAUUAUUUUCAUAUCGUUUUAUGGCAGUUCUGUUCCUAAACUCUUUCAAAUAGUUUUAUUGUUUCGCCCGUUUUUCCAAUGCUCAGCAUUUGUUUAAAUGUUCUUUCUCUAUUAGGUUUCGAAAGUAUUAGAAAUGCGGCAAUUUGAAAACUUCUAUACAAUCUGGUCCUUUUUUCUGGCGCUGAUUAAUUUAUUGUGUGUAUUAUUAUUUACCAUUUUCCCCUUCUCUGUGUAAAAAACGAACUUUUGUUUCACAUUCAUAAUUGCUAAGCAAACAUUUGAUGUACAGCGCAGUUCGCAGGUCAGUUCGAGGCACGCAAAAGUAUAGAAAGGAACAAAAAAUUUAAUACAAUGAAUAUAAUUUGCACAGGCAAUUAAUUUAUAUUAUGUACAUACAUACAGACAUACAUAUUUACACAAAUUAUAUAGGAAACCAUUAAAAGAAGAAAGUAUAUUAAAAAACGAAAAACAACAAAUAAAAGAAUUGAAAAAUAAACAAAAGCGAAGCCUAUUCAUCAUAUGUAUCCAUCUAAUUAACAGGCGGCUAUU